CAGCAGCAGCUCUGAUCUCCUGAAACCCUCCAUCGGCUGCAGGAUGCUGAUCUUCUCUCUGAUCUGGACUCUGAGCGUCCUGCUGACCGAGAUUCAUUCGUGGGGCUUCAAAAACGGAAUAUUUCACAACUCCAUAUGGCUGGAACAAGCAGCUGGAGUUUACCACCGAGAAUCGCGUAAAGGAAGAUACCAGCUGACGUAUAAAGAGGCCAAAGCCGUCUGCAAGUAUGAAGGCGGGACGCUGGCGACGUACGAUCAGCUGGAGGCAGCUCGACAGAUAGGUUUCCAUGUGUGCGCCGCUGGAUGGUUUGAUAAAGGUCGGGUCGGAUACCCCAUCGUCAAAGCCGGAGCCAACUGUGGCUUCGGUAAAGUCGGAAUCAUCAACUACGGAUACCGACUGAACAAAAGCGAGAGAUGGGAUGUUUACUGCUACAACCCAAACUCGAAGGAGUGUGGAGGCGUCCUGACGGAGCAGCAGAAGAUCAUCCAGUCUCCAGGUUUCCCUGAGGAGUACCAGGACGAUCAGAUCUGCUACUGGCACAUCAGAGUCCGUCUGGGUCAGAGGAUCCGGAUCAAGUUCCUGGAGUUCGACGUAGAGGACGACAUGGCGUGUUUGGCCGACUACCUGGAGGUCUACGACAGCUACGACGACGUGUCCGGGUUCGCUGGAAGGUUCUGUGGUGAUUAUUUACCUGAGGAUAUGAUCAGUACAGGAAAUGUGAUGACGCUGAAGUUCCUGUCUGACGCCUCGGUCACAGCCGGAGGAUUCCAGCUGCAGUAUUCAGCCGUCAACGCUUCUCUGGUCCCUCAGAACCUCCAAACCAGUCCUGACCUGACCACAACCUCCAAACCAGUCCUGACCUGACCACCUGACCACCUGAUCAAGGCUCCUGAUGCUGUAUUUGUGACAGUGACCCCGUUUCUGUAUUUAUGACCUCGUUCCUGUGAGGAGUCUGUAGAGAGGAAGAACUGUGUGAAAUAAAAACAACUUAAACAUCC